GUUUUGUCAGACUCUAUCUCUCAAGAAAAUUUAAUUAACGAAAUUAUUCAAUUGACAACAACGAAGUCUCUAUGGGCGUGUUGAUUUGAGCUGAGAUUCGUUUCAGAUCCCCAGCGCCAGUGAUUCGAUUCGCUUCUUCUUCCCGGAAUUCUUAUCCGGUCCACAGAUUCCAUACAUGUUGCCUCGCAGGUCUUUCACAUGGAUUCUUCUGCUCUUCAUCAUCUUCUCCGCUCUCUUCAAUCCUUCCAGCUCCAGCAACUACUGGACUGCCAAGAGAAUGCGUAUGAGGGAGAAAGUCCGCCGGAUGUUCUACCACGCGUAUGACAACUACAUGACAUAUGCAUUUCCAAACGAUGAGCUAAAACCUCUUACGAAGACCUUCACCAACUCCCUCAGUGAGCUUGGUAAUCUUAAGCUGGAACACCUACCACAAAAUUAUAACGGGUCCGCUCUUACACUAAUUGAAUCAUUGUCUAGUCUUGUAAUUCUAGGUAACAACACUGAAUUUCAAAAGGCGGUGCUUUGGCUUUCUGAAAAUUUGCAUUUUGAUGUUGAUGCACGGAUAAAUCUCUUUGAGUGCAACAUAAGAGUUCUUGGAGGACUUGUUUCUGCCCAUGUUCUUGCAACUGAUUCCACAAACCGAUUGGCUAGACAGAAUUAUAAGAAUCAACUACUAGUUUUGGCUGAAGACUUAGGGAACCGCUUUCUACCUGCAUUUAAUACCCCCACAGGGUUGCCAUAUGCGUGGAUUAACCUCAAGCAUGGAGUAAUGGAGGAUGAGACCACUGAAACAAGUACUUCCGGGUGUGGUUCUCUAAUUCUUGAAAUGGGAGCAUUAUCACGAUUGACGGGUGACCCCAGGUUUGAAUAUGCUGCUUUGCAUGCUCUUCGUAAGUUGUGGAGCUUGCGCAGUUCACUGAAUUUACUUGGAACUACCUUGGAUGUGGAAACAGGUGAAUGGAUUGAGUUCUCAUCUGGAAUUGGAGCUGGGGUUGAUUCAUUCUAUGAGUAUCUAUUUAAGGCUCACGUCCUUUUUGGAAAAGAAGAAUUCUGGAGAAUGUUCCACACUGCUUACCUUGCUGUGCAGAAAUAUUUCAGACAUGGUCCAUGGUAUCAUGAAGCCGAUAUGAGGACGGGGAGAGCAACCUACUGGCAGCUUACAAGCCUUCAAGCAUUUUGGCCUGGCCUACAGGUUCUUGUUGGGGAUAUUCCGGCAGCUAAUUCAUCACAUCGUGAGUUCUUUUAUGUAUGGGAGAAAUAUGGAGUUCUUCCGGAAAGGUAUUUACUUGACCACCAAAUGCUGCAUCCUACAGAAAAGUAUUAUCCUCUCCGUCCAGAAUUGGCAGAGUCAACUUUUUACUUAUAUCAAGCAACCAAAGAUCCAUGGUACUUUGAAGUGGGUGAAUCAAUCAUGAAGUCUCUUAUUUUAUACACUAAAGUUGAAGGAGGAUUUGCAAGUGUUAGAGAUGUUACAACUAUGCAGUUGGAAGAUCAUCAACAUAGUUUUUUCCUCUCUGAAACGUGCAAGUAUUUAUAUCUUUUAUUUGACGACUCAUUUCUGGUCGGUCAAAAUUACAUUUUCACCACCGAGGGUCACCCCCUGCCAGUUCUAAGUUCUUGGCACGAACAACUUCCAGAGGUGUAUGGCCUGACUAACGGGACAUCUAUCAAGGGUGAAAAUUCAUCAAGAAGGUUGAGUGCAAUGUCUCUACAAGUCUGCCCAGCCACCUCACUGAACACAGCAGGAGAUGGUAGCCAACAAAUAGAGAGCGCUUGCCAUAUCCUUGAUGCUCGAGCGGAUCACAAGUGUUUCAGCGAUGAAGAAUGUGGAGUCGAUUCAACUACUUGCAGAAGGCGAUCGUGUAGCUCAUCUGGUUAUUGUGGUCAGUGGUUGUACUUUUAACAUAGAAGGUAACUAUUUUCAAUAACGCUUCAAACUUUGGUUCCCCUUCCACCAAUUGAUGAGGUCGAGCCAAAAUGAACUUUGUAAGAAAUUGCUUAGUCGAUAGGAGAAAUUAUUUUUCAUCCACAAAAAGAAUGUAGAUGUCAUUCAUUUUCUCAUAGUUGUUAGAUGCAGGAUAGUCUAAAAAUAUUCUCUCCCAAAACGUCCAAUGUCAAUUUUUUGAGCUAAAAAGUUUGAUUUUUAGAGGGAGUCUAUGGAAAAUCAUGUUGAUUUGACUCCUAUAAAAUGACUUCUAGGAUUUGUUUGUUUGAAGGGUUGGGCAAGCUUGAAAUACGUAGAUAUUCUAAAUCAAACCCGUGCUUGGAGUAAUGUUUAGAAAAACCUUGGCUCCCUAAACCUUCUUCCGUGGGUUAGAAUAAUAAACAUUAUUUUCAAUAACAUGGUUUCCUCCUUUUUUAAAAAAAGAAAAAUAUUUAAAAUGUAGCCCUUGUUUGCAUAAUUGAAGUGAGUGAAACAUAUGGUUUUGUGAAGAAGCGUUUUUGUUGUUGGGUUCAAGUUCAAGAUGGUCCAUGCAAUUUGGCCUUUUAGAGCCGGGGGGUAAUUGUGUCAUUCCAAGUCCAAGGCCGUGGCAGUGAUGUCAGAUUGAAAGUACAAAGGAAGAUUCGUGGAAAUGGGGCUAUCAACUUGAGCUCAGAUUCACGCUGCUAUUUUUUACUUUUUUGCCCCCAAAGUACUAUUUGUUGAUUAUUAUUAUUUAUUACGUUGCUCUCA